CGGGGUCUGGGAGGGACCGAAGCCUGGAGGUCUGGCCGCGGGCCCGGGGCGUCUUAGUCAUGUUUCCGUCCGCCUGCUAAGGGGCGCCCUGGGGCCGGAACCAGUGAUGCGGGGCUCAGGCGCUUGAGGCCGGAAAGCGAUGCGGAGCAGAGGGUGUUGAGGUCUGGCUCAGGGCUGGGUCUCCACCCGGGGUGAGGAAAGUUUUCAUCACUAGUGGAACUGAGAGGAACUAUGAAGGAGAAGGUCGCGGGGCUGGGGAAUCCCUGACCAACUGGCUUUUACUACCCACGUUUUUAAUUUGUCCCGUUCUACUAAAAGACAUCGAGAUAAAAGUUACGCAAAGCACUGUUGCCUUCCUCGAUUCGUUCAUGUCUAAAACGUGAAAUAGUCUAAAACAAGGCAAUGUGGAAAUGCGAUUAUGCUCAGGAAUAAAUAAAUAAGUAGGAAAUGCUAAAUCUAAUGCACUUCUUUAAAUAAGAUGUUUGAAAGAGCCUAAUGACUCAGUCAUUAAAGAAAGCUACCAAAUGCCACAUGACCAUCUGUAGUGGUCCCAUAAUAUUUUGGCGGUUUUUAAAUGUCAUCUUUUUGUAUUUCCUGAAAUUCAUCUAUUAGAUAACUUCAUUCAUCUAUUAGAAUAUGAAAGAAAAAUAAGUCUCACAAGAUUCUGUAAAGUAUAUUCUUAUGUUUUUCAGCAGAAAAGAGACCAGUAUCCUGAAUUUAUUUUGAUGGUCAAAAAGUUAAAGUGAACAAGCUUUUGUAAUAAGCCAAAUAACAACAAAAAGAGUUGUAUCAAAGAAAAGGAUCUGAAGUUUUCAAGAAAAAUUUGAUUCAUUAUUAUGGAUUUGUGAAAUAUAUAUAGAUCUAUAAAGGACAGUAUAAUGAACUCCAUGUAAUGAUCACCUGACUUCAGGGCUUUCUAUUUUGCAGUUUUGUUUGUGCCUUCUAUUUUGGUUUUGGGAAUUGAGUUCACAGUUCAAAGAAGGAGACUCAAAACUACUGAGAUAAUCUAUGGAAUAAAGAAAACAGAAAUUAUGAGUGGAGGAUCUCAAGUCCACAUUUUUUGGGGUGCUCCAGCUAGUCCACUGGAAAUGACAGUAUCACAGAGAACAACUUUAAUGUCCACUGCAGACCCCUGGAAAAAAUUUCAACUUUGGUACAAUCAGCAUUCUUUGCAUCUGAAGGACGAAAACCAUGAGCCAAACAAUCUCAAAGACUAUCAAGUCUCAGAAGCUAUUACUGGCCCUCCAGAUCUUUUAAGUGGUUGUUGUUUAGUGAAUUCUAUGAGUAGAUCUGUUCAAGUUAAAGAUGAUUUUACAUACUUUACUUCAGAAACACAGAAUAUAAAAUCCCAGAAGAUUUACCCUUCAGGGCUGAGUGACGUAACUAAUUCUAAUGUGCAAAUACACGGAUUUAAGGGCACAGUUCAGCAUUUACCUGAAGAAAAAAAGAAUCAAAAGGUUCAAUGUGAAAAUAAUAAAAUUACAGAUGAAGAGCCUAAAAAUCAAUCAAACUUAUGUCAAAACUUUCAAACAAAUUCCUUUCAGUUAGAUCAUAAAUGUGCAGUUACAUUGGAUUUGGUUGGUAGUACUAAACAAACUAAUACAGAUCUUGAAGCUAUAGAAACAAAGUACAAGCCAACAGAACACCAUGAAAUGCAAAACCAGUGUCUGGACUUCUUUUCCUCUAAUGCAGUAGAUGAGCCAAGGUCUGAUAGAGCAGUUAGGAAUGUCUCAAACCUUAAAAUAUCUACUGACACUGAAUUUCUGAGAAUAAUGAUCUCCAGCCAGGUUGCUUUUUUAGCUCAAAGGGAGGAUAGAGCUCUGAAUUCUAUAAAUAAAGGGACCAUAAGCAUGGAAACUGAACCAAAGGCAAGUCAUGGGGAAAUAAGAAUAACUGAAGAUAGUUUUAUUCAGCCUAAUGAUGAUUUUGCAGAAGGACAUGAAAGAGGACAAAAUGAAGAAACAUAUUCCUUAGAACUUUUUAGUCCUAUUUGUCCUGAAAAAAAAAGUAGCCACAUUCACAUAAACCCUGAAAAAGAUGUUGAAGAAAAUAUAGAAUCUCAAAAACUUUUCAGUUCUGAAGAUAAACUGUCACCAAAUGAGAUCUGUAUUGAGUUGUGUCGCUCAGGAACACAGUGUUCCCAACUGAAUACCUUUCACAAAAGUGCUGUUAAAAGAAAUUGGAGCUCUGAAGAUAAAUCAGGCAAUUCCAAAGCUCUGUCUAAAGUCCUCCAAGUAUCUAAGAAAAUGAAGUUGGGUUCUAAUGCAAGAGAUUCUAUCAUAGCAAUGAGCCAGAGGAAUGUGUCUGAAUUUAAGGGUAUUAAAAAAAUAUCAUUAAUAAAAAAUUGUGAUUCUAAAAGUCAGAAGUAUAAUUGUUUAGCUAUGGUGCUAACUCCAAGUCAGAUGAAAGAAAUAAACAUAAAAUCUGGACCCAAUUCUGGAUCUAAAGUGCCUUUAGCAACAAUUAUAGUAAUUGAUCAAUCAGAAAUUAAGAAGAAGGUUUUUCUGUGGAGAACUGCUGCAUUUUGGGCACUUACAGUAUUUCUGGGAGAUAUAAUUUUACUCACAGAUGUUGUUAUUCAUGAGGAUCAAUGGAUUGGUGAGAUAAUACUCCAAUCAACAUUCACAAGUCAGUUAUUAAAUCUUGGGAAUUAUUCAUCUGUACAGCCAGAAGAAUAUUCCAAUAUAGUUAGUGAUGUUGCACUUCAGGAUUUACUGGCAUAUGUGUCUUCAAAACAUUUCUAUCUUGAAGAUCUUCCACAGAGGCAGCCUCAGAAAGUGAACAGUAUAGAGUUUGUAGAAUUGGAGCAACUACAACCUGAUAGAUUAGUCCAUGCAGUACUAAGAAUUGUGGAUAUCACUAUACUGACAGAGUCAUUAUACACUUACAGAGGACAAAAGCAAAGGAAAGUUAUGUUAACAGUGGAACAGGCCCAAGGUCAACACUAUGUGCUUGUAUUAUGGGGUCUUGGAGCAGCCUGGUACCCUCAACUUCAAAGGAAAAAAGAUUAUAUUUGGGAAUUUAAAUAUCUUUUGGUUCAGCACAACUGCACACUGGAAACCCUAGAGUUGCAUACAACGCCUUGGUCAUCCUGUGAAUGUCUGUUUGAUGAUGAUAUAAGGGCAGUUACAUUUAAAACAAAAUUUCAAAAUAGUGUACCUACUUUUGUCAAGAUGUCAGAUUUAGCGGCACACUUAAAGGAUAAGUAUUCAGGAGUAGUUCUAAUUAAAGCUCAAAUUUUAGAGCUAGUAUUUCCUGUUGCAGCAGCUCAGAAGAUAACUCUAAAUGCUCACUGUUCCCUGAAGAGUAUCUUCUCCUCUCUCCCCCACAUUAUAUAUACUGGCUGUGCAAAAUGUGGAUUGGAACUAGAAACAGAUGAAAACAAAAUCUACAGACAGUGUCUUAGCUGCUUGCCAUUUGCUAAGAAGAAAACACAUUAUAGGCCAGCUUUAAUGACUGUAGCUGAUGGAACACAUAACAUUUGCAUCCAUGUAGGAUCAGAGUUAAUAGAGAAGAUUCUUCUCAACAUUUCUCCAGACUGCCUCAACAGAAUUGUAGUACCUUCUUCAGAGAUCACCUAUGGAAUGGUUGCAGCAGACCUGCUUCUCUCCUUGUUGAUGGAUAGCACAGAGCCUUGUGUAUUGAAGAUUCAGAGCCUUUUUGUCUUAGAUGAAAAUAGUUACCCAUUGCAACAGGAUUUCUCCCUACUGGAUUUCUGUCCUGGUCAAUGUAAGGCAUGGAGCCCUUCUCUGAGGCCACAUGAGGAAGUUGUAGACAUUCCAAAGAAGAAGUACUGAAAUGAUUUGUGUUUUAAAUGAAUGAUAGGGGUUUUGCUUUGGGCUUGUUUUAUAUAUAUAUAUAUAAAAUAAAGAAAAUUGUGCUAAACAUAUGAAUUAAAAUUAUUUUUUUCUAAGAAAA